AUGAUGAUAAUCAUGACAUAGCAGUAGAAAGCGAGUGAGUAGCAGGAUGAUAAAAAGCCGCCCAACUUCAUCAGGCAAUCUCACGCUUCAUCCCUUUAAAAUUUAAUGGACAAAGUUUCAAAUUCUUACAAUGAGCCUAAUGAUUAAUACAAAGUGAUUCCCAACAUUGCGACAGUUUCAGCCAACCAGCGCAGAGAAGGCCAGGCGUUCUCUCAGUCAAGGCAAAACAAGAUAAAUCAAAACAACAGACCAGUAAGUACUUAAAAAUCCUAAGUAAUUGGAAUGUAGACUACCUAAUUUUCUUUGUCGCCAUAUCAUUACUCUGGAGCUGGGGUUUAAAACAAUAAUGGUUCAGUUGAAGAUGGAAUAAGAAUAGGUGCGGAAAAUAAAAAAUCUAUUCUCGCAAUAUAGGGAUAAAAUAGGAAUACCAAUAUUGAUUUGUUAGCUAAGAAAAGGUAGUGGGAACUGUAAAAUGGGCAACCAGUAUAACAUCGAGAGUCACUUUAAUCCAGACUAUUAGAGCGAAUCACUAUCAAGAAGCAAGCAUAAAACGAGAUAUUUCUACAGGAAGAGAUAUCUAGUGAAGAAGAGGAAGACGAUGGAGAAACUACAAAUCACCAAGUUCAGGAGGAAGAUUAAGAAGAUGAUGAUGAUAACAAGACUACUGAGAGGAAGAGUGUAGCUCACCAUUCCAAGCGCAAAGGCACCUCAGACAGAGUUUACACACAGGACUAUGAUGAUGAAAAUGCUGCUGAUAUAGAAGAUGCGGACAGAGUCGAAGAUGAUGAAGAUGAAGAACGAGAUCGAUCAGUAAGUCAAAUCAGAAAAUAGAAUAGAAAGCAGGGACUAUUUAAAGAAGACCUAAAUAGCAAUACAGCAGCUGAGAGCAUGAAAAAGAAGUUUCAUUUUCAUGUUAACUAAAAAUAGUAAUCUAGUACUGUAUAUGGGUCUAAAUUCUUAGACUUCCGCAAAACCUUUUAAAAUUUCAAUGCUAAUUCUAAUAAGGCUCUAAAUAUAUAUGGUCUGUCGGAAAAUUAAUAAUAAUAUACUACUCAUUAUGGUGGAAAUUUCAAAGAUGGUUUUAAUAAGAAAUCCAGCUUCUAAGCUGAAGAUUAGUAUGGAGGAAUAAACAUCAACAAUGGAAUCUAUGGUAAUCUCAAUUCUAAUUCAGCCAAAAAUCAAACUUCUAGCACUAAUAGGAUGGAUGGAAAGGGAGCUCCAGGAUGGCAUAAAUUUGCAGUAACUUCAAACAAUUUUUAUGACCCAAGAACAAGUGGGACUAAGAAUCAACCUUAAGAAAGCACAAAUCUCAUUCAGUACUAAUAAAGGUUCCACUCUAACCGCAGGAUAGAAGGAAAUCAUAAUAACGUUGUAGCAAGCAAUAAUAACUAUGGAAAUAAUUAGGUUAAGCCUUUGACUUAAGCGCCAGGAACAACUGGUGGAGCUUAAACUGCUGGCAGAAAAACCUUUUAUGUCAGUGAUUAGAAUGUAAAUCUCAUAAUGUAACAUAAUAUGGCUUCGAGAGCAGGAGGAGUUCAAAAUGCUCCUUACCAAUAGAUUGACAAUAACGGAUUCACAAAACCAAGAGCACUUUCAAGAUAGGCAGAUGCUCAUAUAAAAAUAGAGGUUCACAGGGAUGAAAACAUAAAGAAUCAUCUCUAAAGAGAAUAGAGAGAGAAUAUGAAUCUUAUGUUCUAUGAUUUUAAUGGCUCGUCACAAAAUCAAAACAGUACUGGUUAAAAUUUCUAUCAGAGUAAUGGCAAGAGAUAAAACAACAAGGUAGAGGGAGAUAGAUUACCAACCAGAGAAAGAGGGUAUAGGAGUGCUUAGUAAAACAUAAGGAGAAGAGUGGUUCCCAAUUAAAAUCACCUCCCUCAAAAUCAAUUUGAGGAUCUAACUCAGAAUGUAUAUUGA